UCAAUUCCAUUCUCAUCCAUCAUCAUCAUCAAUAUAUAUUAAAUCUUUUGAUACAGUAUUAUAAGUUCAAUAUAUAUAUAUAUAUAUAUAGCCAGCAUUAGUUACUAGCUGUUGCUUAUAUCCUUGCAUGAUUAUGGCAAAAUCCAUUACAGAUGUUAGCAUUAAUCUUGCAAUUGUGUUUCUGAUUACUUCAGUAGUACUAACUUUUGAUACAAUUGUGGUCUUUUGUAGUGGAAACAACAGCUCUCAUCAUGUGGUUUGCGUGGAGAAUGAAAGACGAGCCCUUCUGAAAUUCAAGCAAGAUCUAAGUGAUCCUUCAAAUCGUCUCUUCUCAUGGGUUGCUGAUCAAUCAGGAGGGGACUGUUGCGAAUGGGUUGGAGUUGUCUGUAACAAUUUAACAGGCAAUGUCCAGGAGCUCCACCUUCGAAAUCGUUUUAAUGAUAUUGAAAACAGUUUGGGUGGUAAGCUAAACCCAUCCUUACUUGAUUUGAAGCAUCUGACUCACUUGGAUAUUAGCGGCAACUAUUUUCUUGGGAUUCAGAUUCCAAGCUUCAUUGGUUCCUUGGGGAGGUUAAGAUAUCUUAAUCUCUCCUACUCUGUAUUUGAGGGAGUCAUCCCAAGUCAACUAGGAAACCUCUCUGGGUUGCACUUCCUUGAUCUUGAUGGAGGUUUUGAAGGAGUGAUUCCUCAUCAACUGGGGAACCUCUCCAAUUUGCACUAUCUCAGACUUGGAGGUUGGUAUGAUGGCAAUCUAUAUGCUAACACUCUUCAAUGGAUUUCUGGUAGUUCCUUGUUGCAGCACCUUCAUCUGGAGAACGUGAACCUCAGCAAAGCACAUGAUUGGUUGCAGCAAAUCAACAUGCUCCCUUCUUUGGUAGAGUUACACUUGGUCUAUUGUGGGAUUCAUCACUUUCCUCCUUUACAUAUUCUUAAUUUUACUUCUCUUGCCGUCCUUGAUCUUCGGGGAGAUUUGGAAGGAGUGAUUCCUCAUCAACUGGGGAACCUCUCCAAUUUGCACUAUCUCAGACUUGGAGGCAAUCUAUAUGCUCACACUCUUGAAUGGAUUUCUGGUAGUUCCUUGUUGCAGCACCUUUAUCUGGAGAGCGUGAACCUCAGCAAAGCACAUGAUUGGUUGCAGCAAAUCAACAUGCUCCCUUCUUUGGUAGAGUUACACUUGGUCUAUUGUGGGAUUCAUCACUUUCCUCCUUUACAUAUUCUUAAUUUUACUUCUCUUGCCGUCCUUGAUCUUUCUUUUAACCGUUUUGAAUCAAUUCCACCUUUUCGUCUGAGAAACAUCACCUCUCUUAGAUAUCUUGAUCUUUCCUGCAAUCUCUUCAAUUCUACAACACCUGAUUGGCUAUCUAGUUUUAGCCGCCUUGAAUACCUUGAUUUGUCCUCCAAUCUUUUCAAUUCUGCAAUACCUGAGUGGCUAUCUAAUUUUAGCCUUCUUAAACACCUUGAUCUGUCCUUCAAUCUCUUCAAUUCUACAAUACCUGAGUGGCUUUCUAAUUUCAGUCAUCUUGAAUAUCUUGAUCUGUCAUGGAAUUUCUUCACAGGGGGAUUGCCAAGAUCCUUUGAAAAUCUUUGCAACUUGAAAGUACUCAAGUUGCAAAUGUUGAACUGGCAACUUGGGUUGGCAAGUGUUGAACUUGGUGGUGAUAUAUUGGAGAUUUCAAAGAUUCUGUCCAGUUGCAUUUUAGAUGAAAUAGAAACUCUAGAUUUAAGCUACAAUAAACUUCGGGGCCAUUUUCCUGAACUUGGAAGAUCUAAAAAAUUGGUCUCUCUUGAUCUAUCUCAUAAUUCUCUUUCUGGUGAACUUCCAGUGUCCUUGGGAAGAUUACAUUCUCUGAAGAAUGUAUAUCUUUAUAACAAUAACUUGAGUGGACCUCUCCCUGAGAGUCUUGGCCAACUUGCACAUCUAGAAAAUUUUCAUGUGUCACAAAAUUCAUUACAAGGUAUCAUCUCUGAAGUCCACUUCGCCAACCUCACACGAUUGAGGUAUCUCGAUGGAUCUGGGAAUCAAUUGUUCUUGAGUGUCAGUCCAAAUUGGGUUCCUCCAUUCCAACUUUGGGAAUUGUCAUUCAGGUCAUGUCGGUUAGGUCCACAAUUUCCCCAUUGGCUUCACUCACAGAAAAAUUUAGAGAUUCUAGACAUAUCACAUACUGGAAUUUCGGAUACCAUUCCUAGGUGGUUUUGGAACUUAUCAUCUCAUAUUUUCUAUUUAAAUAUCUCUCACAAUCAUAUCCAUGGAGAGAUUGUAGAUGAGUUUUUAGCCACAUCUGUGCCAUUCAGUGCAAUUGACUUAAGUUCCAACCACUUUAAUGGUACAUUGCCCCGUAUGUCAUCAAAUAUAUCGACACUGGAUCUUUCGAACAAUUCAUUUUCUGGAUCUAUUCGUCAAUUUCUAUGCUACAAGAUGGAUGAAUCUAAGAACCUGCAACUUCUUAAUUUGGAAAGAAAUCGUUUGUCAAGAGAAUUGCCAAACUGUUGGACAAGCUGGAAUAGCUUGGAGUUCAUAAAUUUAGUAAAUAACAAUCUAAGCGGCAAAAUCCCAAGCUCCAUGGGAUCUCUAGAUUUUCUCGAAUCGUUGCAUUUACGAAACAAUAGCCUAUCUGGGGAAUUACCUUUGUCACUGCAAAAUUGCACAAGGUUAGUGGCUAUUGAUUUUGGUGAAAAUGAAUUUUCAGGAAGUAUACCCACAUGGAUAGGAGAAAGGCUUUCAAAUCUCAAGAUUCUUAUCCUAAGAUCAAAUAAGUUUCAAAGCUAUAUUCCUAAGAAACUUUGUGCACUCAGUUCACUUCAAAUCUUGGACCUUGCACAUAAUAAUUUUUCGGGAAGUAUACCAGCAUGUUUGAUGAAUUUGAGCGCUAUGGCCAUACAACAAAACUCAAGUCAACAAAUGUCAUACCAGCCUAAUUCUACUCGAUACUAUUUUGAAGGUUUUUUAGAGAAUGCAUUGUUGGUAAUAAAAGGACAAAUGACGGGAUAUAGCACAAUUCUUCAACUGGUUACGAGCAUGGAUUUUUCAAAUAACAAUUUAUCAGGAGAGAUCCCUGAGGAAUUGACGAGUCUCCGAGGGCUUCAUUCAUUAAAUUUGUCUUAUAAUCUUUUGAUAGGAAGAAUUCCAAAGAAUAUUGGUGCUAUGGAACAACUAGAAGCCAUUGAUUUCUCCAUGAAUCAUCUUUUUGGUGAAAUCCCUCCAAGCAUGUCAAGUUUGACAUUUCUAAGUCACUUGAACUUGUCCUACAACAAUUUGAGUGGAAAAAUACCAUCAAGCACUCAACUUCAAAGUUUUGAUGCAUUCAGUUAUGUUGGAAACAGUUUAUGUGGACCUCCUGUUAAUAACAACUGCGGUGUUAAUGAUACACCAUCUGCUAUUGAAAAUGGAGCAGACAAAACAGGCCAUAGAUUUGCAGUGGACUGGUUCUAUGUUAGUAUGGCACUAGGAUUUGUGGUGGGCUUUUGGGGUGUAGUUGGUCCAUUUCUGUUUAACAAGUCAUGGAGAUUCGUAUGUUUUCAGUUCAUGGAUAAUAUCUGGUAUAGGUUUCAUAGCGUUAUAUGUUCACGUGGAUGAUACAGCAACAUAAAUAAAAAUUGUGAUCUUUAUUAAUCUGUAA